AUGUUAAUUAUACUAUACAUACUUACCCUAGUUUCAUCAUAUUAUUUCCCACCAACAGAUUUAUCAAAUGGAGAUGAUGAAAUAAUUCGUAAAUCAAUUCAAGAAUUACAUGAUAUAGAUUCAGCAUCAGAUUUAAAUGAAUGUUUAACUUGUAAAACAAGAUUACAAGUUGGUAAAUUUUUAUCUUUAACAAGACCAGAUUUAGUACCUCAAAUAUUUGUUACUUGGUGUAUUGAAAGUGGUUAUGAUCAAACUCAAUGUGAAAUGAAUUAUGGUUAUGGAAGUAAUGACGUGAGUUCAACAGGUAAUGAUUUUACAAAAGUUGUUGGAUUAAUGAAUCCUUCUGGAUUAGAUGGUGAUUAUUUUUGUUAUUAUCAUGAUUCAAAUUGUCAUAUAUUACCAGAAACUCCAGAAAUUGAUAUGAAUAAAAUGUGGCCCAAAAAGCCAAAAAAUUAUUUACCACCUGAUAAUAGUGGAGAAAAUUUUCAUGUUUUACAUAUAAGUGAUAUUAAUUUACAAUUAGAUUAUGAAAUUUUUUCAGAAUCAAAUUGUAGUCAAAGUUUAUGUUGUUCAAAAAAUUCUAAAAAUCUUAUUGCAAAACCACCGGUGAUUAAUGAAAAUAUGUUUGAUGGAUAUUAUGAUUCAAGUUAUAAAAAAAAUCAUUUUGAAAAAGGUAAAUAUUUAGAUUUAACUAAAAAAAUUCAAACUCCUGUUUGGUCACCUGCAAAACAAUUUGGUGAAUAUUCAUGUGAUACACCAACAUUAUUAUUAAAUUCAACAAUGCAAUGUAUUCGAGAUUUACAUCAAAAUCAUUUAAGUUUUGAAUUUGCUAUAUUUACAGGUGGUACAGUUGAUAAUAGUGAUAGAUCAUAUAUGAAUAAAAAUAAAAAUAUCAAAAGUCAAGAAAUAAGUUAUAAAAUUUUAAAACAUUACCUUGAUGAUGUUGAUGUUAUACCAACAUUUGGUACAAAAGACAUAUUUCCAAUUAAUCAAUUACCACAGCGUAAUUUAACUGGUGGAUCAAAUGAUUAUCAAUGGCAAUUUGAUUUAGUAGCAGAUUUAUGGUCAGAAUUAGGUUGGAUAGAUCAUCAAACUGCAAAACAAAUAAGAUAUUCAAGAACUGGUUUUACAAUAGAAACAAAAUUGGGAUUAAAAAUUAUUUCAUUAAAUUCAAAUGUUUGGAAUUCAAAAAAUCUUUAUAAUUUUUGGAAUGUACUUAAUGUUGAUUCUUUUGGAAUUUGGAAAUUUUUAAUAAAUGAAUUAAUAGAUUCUGAAAGAAAUCAUCAAAGAUGUUGGAUUAUUGCUCAUUUACCUCCAAAUCAUCAAUCAUUAUCAUUACCAACAAAAGUAUUUUUAAAAAUUAUUGAAAGAUUUUCUCCAAAAGUUAUUGCUGCUAUUUUUUUCGGUUAUAUACAUGAUGAUUCUUUCAUUAUUCAAUAUGGUAGUGAUGGUAAAGAUUUAAAAAAUUUAAAAAAUGCAAUAAAUCAUGCAUUAAUUGGUCCUUCAAUAAGUCCUUAUAAUGGUUAUAAUCCAGCUUGGAGAUAUUAUUCAGUUGAUAAACAAAGUUUUUCAAUAACUAACUCUUUUACUUAUUAUACAAAAUUAAUAGAUUGUUCUUAUAAUGAUGGAGCAGAACCAAAUUGGGAUUUUGGUUAUAGUGCAAGAGAUGUAUAUGAUCCAGAACAAUCAUGGCCAUCAGAUUUAGGUUUAACAACAGAAUUUUGGCAUCAUGUUGGAGAAAGAAUAAAUAAUAAUCCAGAAUUAAAUUUAUUAUAUCAAAGAUUAGAAAAUAGAUGGUCACCAUUUAGUUCAAUAAAUAAUGAUUCUUAUUGUAAAAUUACAAGUUUUUCAAUUGAUUCAAGAAAACAAUGUAUGAUUACUGAAGAUCAAGAUGAUUAUGUUGAACCAAUUAUACCAAAUGAUUAUAUAUCUUUAAUUCAUGUAAAAGAUAAAUCUGUUGAAUAUAUUGAGAAGCAAGAAGAGAAAUCUAAAGAUUGUGGUGAUGAUGAUAAUGGUGAAGAAAUUAAAAAGACAUCAAUUGAUGAAACUCCUCCACCAAUAGAUGAUGAAAUUUCAAGAAAUCAUUUAGAUUGGGAUUUAAAAAAUAUUCAAGAUUCAAAUAAUGAUUCAUCAUCAUCAAUUGUUGUUCCAUUACCAAAAAAGCAAAAAGGUAAAUCAAUAAAUUUAAAUCGUAAAAUUAAUUUUGUAAAAUUUGAUUAA